CACCAAAUCGCACCCGAAAUUGAAUUAGAAUAGGUAAUAUGAAAAUCGAUAAGGGCGGGCCCAGUCCAGUCACGCGCCAUAUCUGAGCCGAAUGUGAAUGAACUCGCCCCGCCCUCGGCACGGACCGGCAGCGUGAGUCGACCGUCCGUGCACGGUUCAGUCAGACGUCGGUAUUUUGUUGAAACCGAACACAAUUUUAGUUUUUAUUGAAAUCAGGCGAAGGUCUGUUUUGUUUGUGGUUCUCUGUUCGGUAUGGAGACCGAAAACUGUUGGACUUUCGAAAAAGAUGAAAUGCUAAUCGAACUAGUGAAACAGAGGCCUGGCUUGUACAGCAUACAGUCAUCUCACUACAGUGACCAUGCAUAUAAGAAAAAAACAUGGAAUGAAAUUGAACAAGUGAUACAACUGCCUUCGCCGAAAAACCGCUGGGAAUCACUCAGGGGUCAAUACAGAAAAUAUCUCGGAAAAGUCAAAAAGAGCGGCCAAAAGGGUUUCAAAAUCAGCAAAUGGCGAUACUUGGACCAGAUGCAGUUCAUAAAUGAUCAUAUCAACGUCGAAAUACCACAACUGCCUUUCACGGAUGAAGAAACAAGUGUUGAGAAUACUUGGUUUGGAGACCGAGCAUCAUUGAAUUUUCCUACAGAUAAUGGUAUAGAGGAUCAAGUUAUGCCAGAUGCUAAUGAUAGUGAUUUGGUCAACGAACAACUCAGCGAUCCAGUCCAAACUUCUACUAAAACACCAGGAACAAGAAAAAGAAAAAUAGGAUCAGCUUCAAUAAAGGAAAACACUUCAUCACUGAUGAAAUAUUUACUAGAAAACCAGCAACAGGAGCGUUUAGUUCAUCCGUUGGAUCAUUUCUUCAAAUUAAUGGCUGCAACUGUUAAAAACUUUAGCCCUACCGAUCAGUAUGUAGUUAAAACAACUGUAUUCAAUCUUGUCAGUGGACUGGAAGAGAAGUAUCUGACGCAAUCACAUCUUGACGGAGAUAAUAACUCACAAGACAGAGAUGCCAGUGUACAGCAAACUUCGCAUACAAAUUCUACUAUAAGAAAUCCCUCACAAACUGGAACUUCAGCAAUGUCUGAUAAAAAUGUGAAUCCAUAUCCUCGGUCACCAGUCUACAAGUCAUCAUCACCACAAUAUUCAUCAGGCCCACCAAGCACAUAUCCUCCAUCACCAAGCUACUCGCCAACAUCACCACUAUAUUCAACUGUCAAAGUAGAAUAUCAGUCAAAUGAUGAGUUGUAAUAUUAGUUAGGAAGGUUCUGUUUAACGUACCAUAGUAUUAGUUUAUGUACUGUUUAAUUUAAAAUAUGGCCACCAUUUUGAAAUUUGUUGUCAUAGCAGCAAUAGAAAUACACACUGAAAAUUUCUACUCUACCCAUUACGGUCCAUAAGAAACAGCCCACUGACAGCCAGAAUGACUGAUGGACAGAAAGUGGAGGUUUAGUAUUUAGGGUUCCUAAAACUAGGGUUCCUAGGGUUUUGGGAACCCUAAACAUAGAUAGCAUUUAAAAUGCUGUUGUGUUAAGAUCUGUUUCAGUAUUCAGUGUUUAAAUUCUUGAUUUUUUUUCUUUAAAUUAUUGAAAUUAGUCAUUUGACUAUGAGAUGUAGUAAGAGUUAUGACCAAGGUUGACAUACAAUCCCGUUAAAUGUUCUAUCUCUGUCCAUUUCUUGAUAAAAAAUAAUCUUACUAAAAAGUAUUUGGUACACUUAUUUGUAAUAAGUAAAUCAAACCAUUUUUAAAGAAUUAUAUAUAUUUUCAUCUUUUAUACAUCCUACAUCAAAAUGUUAAUAAAGUGAGAUGUAUUUUCAA